CUGCGCCGUGGGCGGGCGGGGCGGCGCGGCGCGGCGCGGCGCGUCCCCGGGCAGGCGGCCGGACGCCGUGCCGCCUCUCCCGGCUCGGGCCCUGCGCCGGCUGCUGCCGCCGCCCGGCCCCGCCGCCCUGCGCGCCUUGGUGGGGGCCUGUAGCGCGGCUCCCAUUAUGGUCAGCCAUGGCGUGGCUGGCGGGCGGGCUGGCCGACCUGCGCUGGUGCGCGCUGGUCGCUCUCUUCGUGGCGGCGCUGGCCACUCUGGCCGUCUACCUGGUGCAGUACGCCCUGCUGGCCCUGCGGCGGAGCCGGCCGCCGCCUCCCCCCUCGCUGCUGCCGCCGGCGCCGCGGCGGGACGAGCUGCUGGAGGAGGGCGGCUCGGUGCUGGCCUGGGCGCUGUCGCUGGGCAGCUGGCGGCGGCAGUGGCGGCGGGCCUGGGUGGCGGCGCUCAGCGCCGAGGCGGCGGCGCGGGCGGAUUCACAGUUGCUUACGUUUGAGGAAGAUGACCCGCAAGAACCACUUGAGCUAGCAGUUAAACAAGUUGUUAGUGUUGUAAAGUCAGCUCAAGAGAAGGUUGUUUCUUGCAAUGUUGUGGGUGAUUCCGUUAAAUUUGUUGUCACUGUCUCACAUACUUCGCCUGGGGCUGCAGAAAGUCAGUCAUACAGCGUGAAAUUGUCUCCACUUUACUUGCAGCUUCAGCUCUAUGUGAAAGACAAAGGAGAAGAUGUCAAAGUUGAGUGGCUCCUCAUUAAUGCCAAUGAAACCAACUUUGAAAUCCAGCCAACAGUGCAGGAGGGACAGACAGCAGGGACAUGUGCAAUAUCUGAAACGCUCAGAGGUGUUUUGAAGAACCUCUUUAGCUCAGUUUCUCCAUCUGUAGUGUUGAGUACGAGGCCUACAGAUAUAAAGGAGGUUCAGAAUGUACAGAACAUAAGCCUUCUCCCUCAGGGCACUAGUCCGCCUAAACCUCCAAGGGCUCAUGAACUCAAACUGCUGGUAAAGAACAUCGCAGUAAACCUAACUGAUCACAGUGCUGCAGGCAGCACAAACCUUGCAUGUAUAGUUCAGUUGAAUGACCCUAUGCAGAAGUUUUCCAGCUCUGUAGCCAAAAAUGCUGCAAAUCCCUUUUGGAAGGAAGAGUUUAUCUUUGAACUAAGUGCCAAAUCAAAAGCAUUGCAACUGCAAAUAGUAGAAGAUGGAAAGUUGGAUAGACCUUUAUCCGCAAAGGUGACUGUACCUCUAGACUUGUUCAGGAAACAACCUUCUGGCCAGCAAAGCUUUGCACUGAACAGCAGGGCCAGCGAGGGCAGCUCAGAGCCGGGGCCCGGGCUGGGAUCCAUUAGUGCGGAGUUCUCUUUUAUAGAACCCAAUGAAUUAAAGACGUGGCAAGUCUCUUCUCCAGUGCCAGCCACUAAGAUAGAAAAGGAUCGCACUGUGAUGCCCUGUGGGACUGUGGUCACUACUGUCACUGCUGUGAAAACCAAACCUCGUCUAGAAGGGAGAUCAUCUCCACUGAGCACAGAUUCUCCUGUGAAAACUCCAGUUAAAGUAAAGGUGAUUGAAAAGGAUUUCUCUAUUCAAGCUAUCCAUUCUCAUGGUGCUCCAGUCAGCAAAACUUUAUCAUCUUCAGAUACAGAACUGCUGGUACUGAAUGGCACCGAUCCUGUUGCAGAAGCAGCCAUUCGGCAGUUAAGUGAGUCUGCAAAGCAGAAGCUGAAGUCUCCUAGAAAGAAAAGCACCAUUAUCAUAUCAGGGGUGUCCAAGACCUCUUUAUCUCAGGACAGUGAAGCUGCGCUGAUGAUGGACUAUGCUGCAGCCAUGGACAGCUCUUGCAGAGGAGCAGAGCCACCCACUGUGGAUGAAGCUGUUGCAAAAGUCACCUCUGAUGAAAAGCUAUCGUUAGGUCCUUCAGAAAUAGUACCUGAUACUGACCCACAGCAAAGUGCCCAUAAAGCCUGGGGUUUGGAGAACGACAGCCAACAGUGGGACACCAACACGCUCUUAGACCAGACCUGUGAAGAAAUAUCUGGGAGCUCAUUAAGUGUUUCAGAAACUGGGAGCAUGAAAAAAUCUAAAGGUGGGAUUUUGAAAAAAAGUGCAAAGCUCUUUUUCCGCCGGCGACACCAUCAGAAGGAUCCGGGAAUGAGUCAAUCGCAUAAUGAUCUUGUCUACCUUCAGCAGCCACUGUCAGAGGAAACGCGCAAGAAGGGAGGCACGCUUUCACGGAUUCUGAACAGAAAGCUCCUUUCCAAAACCAAAAGCAAGAACAAACUGAAUGGUGCUUCGGCAGAACCACACGUAUAAGACUGAACACUCUCUGAUGGGAUACUUGCACAUCAGUUGACCAUUUGUUUACAGAGCAGUACUAGAGAAUACAAAUACAGCUGAUGACUUGCAUAAAAUGAUGUUCACUAAUACGAUGGUCCAGGAAUAAACAGAAAGCUUGUCUUU